GGCCGCCGAGCGAGCCCGAACGCCACCGAACAGAGUGUUGUAGAGCCGGAACGGCGUAAGAGCCGCACGCCAGCCGCGCUGCUGCCGCGCUAGCCGCGCCAUUCGCUUUAGUCUGCGACCGCCCUCCGAUUGAUGUGUACGUGACUGUGACGCCGCUGUGACACUUGACAGUUGUUAUCGUGAUCGUGUGAUGUUUUCGUAUCGGAACUAUGGUGUAUCCCCAUGAAAAUGUGGAGUGAUUUCCAGGGCUCGGGUGGCGGGUGCGGCGCCAAGCGGCGCGCCAGCUCCCCGUGCGAGGGCGGCGGUAAAGUCGCACGCUGGGAAGAUUCAAUAGCGCGGCUCGAGGCCGUGGCCGCCGGAGCGGGCGGCGGAGACUGCUGGCGAACGGAGGAAGAGGAGAGGCGCGCGUGCCGCCGGCGCUGGUGCGGCGGCUGGUGCGGCGCCCACGACACUAUUCGUGCCGAGAAUGGCAAGUCAUACCUGGAGCUCGGCGGCGCCGCGGCGCGCGCCUGCUGCGACGGCCGGGCCGCCGGCCGCUGCGCCUCGAGGCGCUGCUACCGCGAAAGACGAUUCAAGAUGAUGAACUUGUGUGCGUUGAAAUUAGCUCGUUUCCGUCAAACGGCGGACCCUUCGCUGAGGCGAUCUGUGUUAGUGUGCAAUACUCUGCGCGGCAUCGAGAGAGAGAUGGAACGGGAGAGCGCCGAGGAAGCGCCUUUCGAGCCCACUUGUGUGACCGGCGGUGUGGCGCGAUGCGAGCUGCUGAGCGCACGGGACCCGGCCGCCGGGCGGGCGACUCCGUUCCCCUCGCCGCCGCCCCCCGACAGAGACUCCGGAUAUGGCGACGAGGAGCAGCGCACCAUCGACUGGGGCUCGGUGCUGAGCCUGUCGUCGCGAUCGGCGCUGGACCCCCCCGAGGACGCGUGGCCCGACGACUGGAGCUGGAGCGAGGACAGCUUCGUGCGGCUGCUGGUGCCGACGAGUUAGUGCACGCCGCGCGGGCCGGAGUCGCCCGCGCCCCCCUGAGCGCCUGUGAUACCGCGGCGGCGGCUGCGGCGGUGAGGUGA